AUGCCUCCUCCAAAGAAGGGCUUUACAGGAUCUUUCGAUAUGUCCAAAACCCCCAAGCGGAAAGCUCCUCCCCAGUCCUCAUCCAACAGCCAGGACACGAAUAGAGGACGCGCCGUCAAACGCGUCAAGAUGAUUGAUUCGCGAUCAAUCCUGACUCAAAAGUCAGACGCAGCCCUCAAAAACGGAGAGAUGGAUUUACAGUCCUUCCUGAAAUCACGCGAAUUUGAGAUCAAAGCCCUUGAAGAUGGCAUGCAGAGAUCCAAGGCCUCCUCCACCCAACGAGCUUUUCAGCAAGUCCCUAGGGACAUGCGGAGACGAACAGCGAGUCACAAUGUCAAGAAAGUCCCGAAGCGAUUGCGGAACAGGGCUGCGAGGGAGAUGAGAGAGGACAACACGCCAACUGUCCAUUCUAGUAAGAAGAAGCCGGGAAGCUCGAGGGGUCGAAUUCGUGCAGAAACUGCAAAGCGUCUAGGGAUCUUGGCCGUAAAGAAGCGCGCCCAGAGGAAUAUAGGCCAAGGCAAAGGUGUAGAAACAAGGGUGCCACGUCCAAAAAUACGAAAAGACCUUCUGAACGACCCUCCGAAACAGAUGUCGAAAUUCAGGAAACGGCAGAUUCAUAAGUCGUGGCUACCAACUCACAUGUGGCAUGCAAAGAGGGCGAGGAUGACAGAACCCAAGAAACCAUUGUGGAGGUUUGCAGUUCCAAUCACAUCUACGGAAAAGUCAUACAGACCCACACAUCGUGCUGGGGGUGCUAGGGGCGCAGUCGUCUGGGAUAUGAGUUACAUGAGCACCAUUGGACUUGAAGGCCCCGUCGAAAGCCUCAAAAAGGUUCUAAAAGGGGUAGGAGUCUUAGAUUUGGGACUUUGGGAUGGCAAGGGAGAAAAGUGGAUGGCAGGGAAGAGAAGUUGGACCGGCUGGCUCUCCCGUGAGACCAAAGGGGAGCGUACGCAAAUUGGACCAUCUACUGUCAUAUGGUGUAGCUUGGAACAAGAUCCUAUACAUGAAGCAGACCAUAUGUCAAAGAAGAGACCACUACGACGAGUUUUUGUGAGGGUACACCCCGCUGCAUUUCUGGAAACAUGGGGUGAACUGCUCCGACUGUCUAAAAUACAACGUCCCACUGUUCACAUUGAGGAUCUUCGAUUUGAGAUUGGAAGCAUCAAUGUCACUGGACCUGGAUCAACAGAAGCACUGCUUGGGAUCCUGCAUCCGUACUGUCAGCCUGACGGCGCGGAAGAGAACCACGCCCAGGCGUUCUCAUCUCUAGCUGGAGUAACCAACCCGGGCUCUUUGCCAGCUAGUUCUAUAUUAGCAUUUUCUAUCUCAGAUCCUAGACUUCACUAUCCACCGAGGCCCGCGAAAGUCCCCAAAUCUGAUAACGAGGAAGCUAAUUUUGCCCUUCUUGAAAAGCUGUCCGCGUGGCCAUUGGAUGAGUCUAGCCCUUCUCAUGCCCUCUUUGAUCGCAAUGCCCGCUUCAAGGCAACCAGACUCCCGGCGCAGAAGUCCAUAAAUCGACGUAAGAGCCAGGCGAAACCUGGAGAAUAUCCCUCCAUGGUUGCCACUGAUCCACAUAUACCUAUCAUACUUUUCACCUCACGAUCAACAUCAUCAGCUGCCGCGCAAGGAACGUGGACUCUGCUCGCGCCUUGGAAAUGCAUUCUACCAAUCUGGUACGGACUGGUACAUUAUCCAUUGUCAUCUGGUGGUAAUCCACGGUUUGGAGGACUCGAUGAGCUUCGGCAGAUCCAUUUCGAGCAAGGUGUUCCUUGGUUCCCGGCUGAUUAUCCAGGCACGGAUUCCGGGUUCUUAUGGGAAAUGGACGAGAGGGAGAGGAGGAAAGCAGAAUGGGAUCGAAGGCCGAGAGGCAAGAGAAUCGAGUGGGAUUCUCUUGAUCUCGGCGCUGGGAGGAAAGGCGAGAUUGGAAGAGGCUGGGCGUGUGAUUUUGAGAGACUUCUUGCCUUAACUCCAUUGCUUGAGGGUGGUAACACUGCAAGCUCUGCUCAGGGCACAGAAAGCUUGGACACGGCUCAGCCAGAGAGGAGUGUCACUGAGUCGCCAAUUAAGCAUCUCAACAGCAAAACGUUCACGCAUCUCCUCUCAUCCUCUAAUUAUGAACUACCACACCCAUCAACCGUGGCUACCGUUCGAAUCAGGCUCAUCACUCGUGGUGUCGCAACUCCCUGCGCCCGUAUCUACCGCCUCCCUCAAGCAGCAGCUUCUUUGGAAUCAUCUACGACUAGCAGCUCAACUCCAACGACCCGUGAAGAAUGGAUGGCUCUACUUCCCGCGGCCUCUAGUUCUAAAUCACUUCCCAACCCGAAAUCCAAAGCUGCGAAAAGUCUUGGACGAAUACCGCUGGAUGCUCCUGUGCCUCAGCGUAUUCGACUGCUAGCACAAUCCCUUCUGCAAAACCCACCUCUCUCAUACCCAGCCGACAAAGACGAUGGGCAUCCUUUGGUGCCGGGCGAAGAAGAUCUGAUUGGAUUUGUUGUGACCGGGGAGUUUAAUCUUGCGGAAGGGAAAGGUGUCGCUGUCGGUACAUUAGCUGUGGCUAAAGUUUUUGAAGGCUUACGGAGAGAUCGGAAGGUGUCCAAAGAAGGACGAUUGUGUAUAGUGAGGAACGCUGGCGAGAAGAUUGGAAGAUUGGCUCGGUGGGAAGCUGUCUAA